UUCCUUGCAAUCACACUUGCUACUCUCGUAGUUGCAACCUCUGCUCUUCCGUGAGUCUAUUAUCCUGCCCAUAUUGAAUUUCCCAUGAGAGCAUCACUGACAUUCCCCCAGGCAGCCACUUUGUGCGCGACCCAACACACCAGGAUGCAUCACCAAACGAGAACCCUCGCCGUGAAAAACCACUUUGCACAGAACCAAACGCACGGGGUUGCAUCACCAAACGAGAGCCUGUACCUGAGCCAAGAUGUGCGGGCCCUAACCAGCCAGGGUGCAUUACCAAAUGAGACGAGUACUGGGACAAAUGCAAAGAGCGUAGUCGAUAGUUCAGAUUUAUACAAAUACCCGUCACUCUCUGUUAUGUGUUCCACCCUAAAAAACAGUGACCCAAAUGUACAUGCCGAAGCGCAGUGCCAUUUUUGGUGA